UAAGUAUAGUAUAAACUAUAUGGUUGGCCCGAAAACGUGUUAUGCAAACACAUCGCGUAAAAGCUAAAUUCACACUGAGCUAAUAAAUAGUUAUAAAAAGCUUUGGGUGAAGUCAUGAUGAACAGCUGCGUUUACUGCAGUGUGUCAACAGAAUACAUGCAAGCAACUUUUGAUGCGAUUUUACAAUGUAUUAAAUCACAACUGGGAAAAUCAUUGAAAGUCGCACUACACAAUUGCCUGUCGCGGUCAGCGGUCUGCGUACGUGUCGUAACUCGUAACUGAAAAAUAAUCCUCAAGGUUUCUAAGCAAGGGUUGUAUUUCUGAUUGGUUUAAUACAUAGUUAUAACUUUAAACUUAAUGGUAAGACUCACAAUUUCAAAACACCUAACAUCUGAAAAAUUAAUAGAAUAUUAAGGUACGAUAUACUAAGUUAUAAAUAUAAAAAUUGUAGGUCAAAAUCAAUAAAAAAAAAUGUAAAGGUCCAAAGUUUGAAUAAAAUCCAAAUAUUUUUUAAAUUUCAUUAGUAUACAUAGUUUUUCUGAACUGCUUGUAAUGCAGUUUCUUAUGAAACAGUUGUCGUUAUUAUACAAAGCUAUACUCGUUGAUAGUUAACAAUCAUCGUCGACAAGAUGCUGAUGAGCGCUUUAUAACCUCGGUCAUAGGUGGCACCAUAGAUGCACCCGAUCACCUCUCUAAAAUAUGUUUUCGUAUCACUUCCUUCUUCUUCAGAAAUCACGCUCUUUUCCAAGUUCCAACUCACAAUACAUUACACGGACAUAAUCACCCCUUACACAGAAUGCUUCGUAAUCUGAACAAUCUUAAUUUUGAUUUUAAUGGAUAUUAACAAAGAAAUAGGAAAUAAUGCGAUCAGUGAAUUAGAAAUCAAAUACAAAUUAUCUUCAAAAAGUAGAUUAAUAUUCAUAAAGUGUGAUGUUACCAAUGAAAUCGAAUUCGAAGAUUCUUUUAAGAAAACUAUUGAGCGAUUUGGAAAAAUAAACAUUGUUGUCAAUAAUGCUGGUAUCAUGACCAAGUAUAUGACUUCUUGGGAGCUAGCCAUCGAUUUAAAUUACAAAGCAGUAGUUCGAGGUACCAUGCUAGGUCUUAAAUACAUUGAAAACAAAGAAGACAAAAAGUCUGCAGUCAUUAAUGUAGCGUCAAUAGUUGGACUAUCCAACACCGUCUUGCCCAUGUACCAAUCGACCAAAAGAGCUGUUAUCGAAUUCACAAAAUCUAUUGGAUGUCCGUUUAAUUCGAAGGCGACCGGAAAUAAAAUAAGAGUCAUGGCCAUUUGUCCUGGCGGUACGUUUGACGGAUUUGAAAACAACAUUGAAGGGAAAAACGCAUUACAGCAAGAAAUUAAGGACUUGAUUACGAGUGGUGAAGAAACCCCUAAUCCAAAUAGAAUUCUAAUACUACAGAGCACUGAUUACUAUAAAGCUGCAUUUCUUCACGUUAUGAAAAACGGCAAAAAUGGAGACGUUUGGAUAACCGAAAAUGAAGAGCCUCCGAGACGUACACAUUUCUCCACUCAAUACUAAUUAUUACUCCUAAUUGAAUUUUAAUUUUCCAAACACCUACUAAUGAUCAUGAUAAAAUAAUUAAUUGAAACAUUAAGGCUCCAGGUGUCAAUGUUAUUUUUUCCACAAAAAUAAAGUCUAUACGGGAAUGUUAAUCAUAAGUUCAGUAAAAUCAA